GUCUUAUACUAUCCCAUUACAUCCAUUGAAAGAAAUUAUAAGCGAAGGGACACUUGUGGCGAAUAUAAUAAGUCCGAUUUUACGAAUUUUUUUUCAUGACUCAUACAUACAUCCUACGAUAUGGCCGAACACAUCCAGCACCAGCGCAAAAAUCCGAAAACUUGCCAUCGGUGAUCCUUCCCGGGCUAAACAACCCGAUAUGAUUGGGAAAACUGUCAAUAAUGGAAAAUUUGUUUAUGAAACGAUGUUCGGUGAGGUGACGGGAGAAGGCAAAAACAACACGGAAAAAAAGAAUCUAAUUGACCUGGUUAGAUUGGGGAUAUUUAUGAAAGAUUCCCUCGAUAAUAUUUCGCGUAAGACCGGUGUCAAUCGGAUUUUCAGUUGGCAAGUUAUUGUGACAAAGUGGACUGGUUAUAUGAUGACAUUAAUUAGCCCAGGGAUUUACGUUAUGAUUGAUACUGGUAGUGUAGAUCUUCCAAGAUCUUUCGAAGUAUGCAAUACGUUUCUAACUGGUCUGGACACGAUGUUUGCAUUUCAGAUAGCGUAUGAAAAAACAAUAAAGGAUAUUCUCUCGAUUAUGAAUAAAAGUGAAGAAUUCGAGAGUGAUGAUAAUUUUAAAGGAUGGCGUCGAUCAACACUUGAAACACCAUUGUUCAAAAGAAUUGUGAAGUUUAAAUAA